CCUCACACAAAUUUUCAUUUUUAAGCGAUACAUCGGAGUCUUUACGUAAAAAUAUUUUUCUUAGAGUUUACAGAUUAUGUCGCGACACGCAUUAAUUGGAGGCGGCACAGGAUUCGUAGGCAGUGGAUUGAGCAACUAUAUGAUUAAAAAUGGUUACGAUGUCACUGUUAUAUCCCGUAUGCCGGGGUUGAAGCGUAUCACUUGGUUGGAACUGGAGCGAAAUGGGAUACCCAAUGGCAUAACGGCGGUGGUAAAUUUGGCCGGACAAAAUGUAUUAGAUCCUAGUCGUCGUUGGACAGAUGGCUUCAGACAAAACGUAUGGACUUCACGUGUGAACACAAGUGCGGCGUUGGUGAAGGCUAUUACAGCGGCACCUCAAGUUAAAGCCUUUGUUAAUGUGUCGGGCGUUAGUCAUUAUAAGCCGAAUGACAAUCAGAUUUACAGUGAGACUGAUUUGGUGCAAGGAUUUGAUUAUAUGUCGAAAUUGUGCCUUGAGUGGGAGAAAGCGGCAACACUACCUACCGAUGUUACACAUUGUAGAGGCAUCAAAAUACGUACGGGAGUGGUAAUAGGGCGAACAGGUGGUAUGAUCCAGAAUAUAUGGCUUCCCUUUCAGUUAGGUCUUGGUGGACCGCUAGGAAGUGGCAAACAAAUUCUGCCUUGGAUUCACCUUCAUGACUUAUGCCAGUUGAUUGUGCAUGCGAUUGAAAAUGAUAAGAUUGAAGGAGUGUUGAAUGGUGUUGCACCACAAAUUGUAACAAAUGGCGAGUUUUCAAAGGCCUUUGCUUCUGCUUUGCGACGUCCUUGCCUUUUCGCAGUUCCCGAAUUUGUGGUAGAUGCUAUUUUUGGCAGAGAUCGGUCUGCAUUACUUCUAACUGGUGCUAAAAUACAACCCAAAAGGACAUUGGAAAGUGGUUUUCAAUUCAAAUACCCAACUGCCAAAGAGGCUUGCAUAGAAGUAGUGCAAAAAACUUAGAUUUCACUAAUGAUAAUAGUAAUAUUUUUAAAUUUGAUUUGUUUUGCGAGCAUAAU